AUGUUAUCCGCUGACGAUGUGAAUGUGCCAUAUCCGGAGGAACUGUCCCUUCAAUCGGUCAACCUGUUCUUCCGACACGGGGCGCGAACGCCGACCGCCCCAGUCUUCACCAAGGUAGUUUGCCAGGCUCCCCCGCCCGAUAUAGUGCUCAUUGCGAUCCAGGAACUUGGCCUACCCAAAUUUUGGCCGCUGUGCGCCGGAGUCAAACACCGGAGAACAGGGCUGCUUCACGAUAACGGGCAGAAGGAUGCUCCGUUCAGGUGGCAAAGAGUGAUAGAGACAUUUGAUUCCGACGAUGGCCCUUUACUCCCAGAGAACAGUGGGACUUUAUGUUUCCACGGCGAGCUUACCGAUCAUGGCCGAGCAGGAAUGGUAGCUCUAGGGGCAGAGCUCCGGAAACUCUACGUGGAUCGCCUGGGCCUUCUUCCUACAGUUGUAACACAACCGGACAGCAUAUGCUUUCGCGCAUCUCCAUAUCCCAGGACCCUUGAGUCUUUGCAGCAUGUCAUCAAGGGUUUCAUACCGCCUGGUUCCGCGGCCUCAAGUUUCGGUCAGCCACGAAUCGUGAUGCGAAGCCCUCAAGAAGAGACCUUACUGCCUAACGAGGAGUAUUGUGAACGGUUCAUCCAGAUCAGUAGGGCAUAUGCGCGCCGGACUGCCGACAGGUGGAACUCCAGCGCAGAUGUCAAAUACCUCAACCGGCUUCUGUGCAAGCACAUGCCACCGACCCAGCGGGUGGCGGUGGAUGCCCGACCCAGCAUUCACGCCAUUCAUGACAUGAUCAGCUCCACGUCCGCGAGCGGCUCUGUUGUUCGUCUCCCGGAGGAGUUCUACGACAAUGGGGUGAUGCAGAUCGUCGAACACAUCGCGUACGAGGAGGAAUUCGGAAUAUAUCAACAGAAUGAGGAAGCGCGACGUCUGGGAAUUGGGCCGAUUCUCGGGGACGUCGUGCAGCGGAUGGUCAACCAGGUGCAGAGUCAGACCGGCGAUGCCCUCCCCGGGUCCAGCAUCAAGCUCUUCCUGGCGGGAUCUCAUGACUCGACGGUGGGAGCCAUAGCAGCAUCUCUGGGUUCGGUCGACCUGGAGAGGACGGGGAACUGGCCUCCGUACGGAUCCGUUCUCGCCAUUGAGCUAUUCCAGGACCAAACCACUGCACGGAUGCUGGACGGAGGAUCCCUGCGUGCGACCGGCCGUACUCCACUGUCCCAGCUGUCCCACCAGCAGAAGCAAUCCCUCCAACACUAUUAUGUCCGUCUCCGCUAUAACAAUCGAGUAUUGGUGGUACCGGGUUGCCGACCGCCCGGUCGGAACUGGCGAGGCGAGGAGAGCUUUUGCACGUUGACUGUUUUCAAGGAGAUUGUCGACCGGUUCACUCCGACCGCGUGGAGAGAAUCGUGCGCGCGCCGUCUCGACCAGGCAUGUUUUCCGGCGACAAUCGAACCUGCGGGAUACUAAAUGAGAGAGAGCAUUAGAUAUUCCGGCGCGAAAGAUUGAAAGAGCUAAAUUUGGUUGCUUUAGAGAGGAGGUGGGAGAAUGGGCAGACGGA